AUGAGGAAGAAAGGCAACCGAAACAUUAUGUCGGUGGGCCUACAGCGGCGUGUGCCAGCGCUGGACGAGGCUGGCGGGCCGGGGUGGAAGUCCAGCGAGCCGUUUCCCUCUUUCGCGCCACCAGCGGGCUCCCCCGCGGGGCCCGCAUUCGCCGCCUCCCCCGCGCCGUCCACGCCCGGCCCCGGCCCCGGGUUCGCGGGGCCCUACGCCGCCGCGGGGCCCUUUGGCAGUCCCUCGGCGCGCCCGGGCUCCGGCGGCGGCUUCCCCCCUCCGGGGCAAUUCCCGGGGCCCGGCUUCGCCCCGCCCGGGUCGCCGUUUCAUCCGCACCCGCCACACCCUAUGCCGCCGCAUCCUCAUAUGAUGGCACCCCUACCGCCUCCUGUUGACAGGUGA